GUCCCACAUCUCCCUCCAGUUUGGGUCUGCAGUUCCAGUUCAGCCAGGCACAGGACCAGGACAUUCGCAUCCUUCAGGCUCAGCUCUGGCUCUACCUGCGAGUGCCCCGUGCCACCCUCACCCUGAGGAUCUUCCUGGCCGCCCUGCAGAGCUUCUUCGAGGGGGAGAGCCAGACCCUGCAGCUGGAACUGGAGAGCCACGGGGACGGGGGCGAUGUCACGGCACUGGUCAAUGCCAGCUGGCCCCACCAGCCCUUCCUGGUGGCCAAGGCGAAGGUGCGGGAGCCUGAGCACCAUGUGGCCAAGCGCAGCCUCCGCUGCAGCCAGAACUCCAACCUCUGCUGCCGCAAGGAUUACUAUGUGGACUUCCGUGACAUCGGUUGGAACGACUGGAUCAUUAAGCCAGAGGGCUACCAGAUAAACUACUGCGUGGGCCAGUGCCCUCUGCACGUGGCAGGCAGCCCCGGGAUGGCCUCCUCCUUCCACACAGCCGUCUUCAACCUCGUCAAAGCCAACAACAUCCAGGCCUCGGGGCACUCGUGCUGCGUGCCCACGCGGCGCCGCCCGCUCUCCAUCCUCUACUUCGAUCGCAACAGCAACAUUGUCAAGACUGACAUCCCUGACAUGAUUGUUGAUGCCUGUGGUUGUAGCUAG